CUCCUCCUAGCACGUAUCUUUGUCUAUUUACUCUCCCGUCGAGUCUCUCCUCUGCUCUCUCUCUCUGUCUCUCGUCUGGGUGACAAAUUCAUCGGGCUGCGACGUUCUUCCCUCGUGCUAUGACCGAAUGCCAACGGUACCUCUCUGGACGGUGGGAAACUGUGGCCGCCUGAGUUCGGGAAGAGACAACAGGCGGAGAGAAGGGGAGAGUAGCAGGCGGAGAGAAGGGGAGAGUAGCAGGCGGAGAGAAGGGGAGAGUAGCAGGCGGAGGGAAGGGGAGAGUAGCAGGGGGAGAGAAGGGGAGAGUAGCAGGCGGAGGGAAGGGGAGAGUAGCAGGCGGAGAGAAGGGGAGAGUAGAGAGGUGGAGAGGAGAGAAUUUGAGCAUGCAUGCGGAUGAGCUGUGCGAGCCGGUUUGUCUGCCUGCACUGUAUGAGUCGUUGUGCUUUGUUUAUCCAUUCCUCCUCCUUUCCUCCUCGUCCUUUCCUCCUCGCCCUUUCCUCCUCCAGUGGUGGUUGUGUCGACAACGAAUGACGCAUAUAAAUAGUGGUCAGGUUGUUCAAGCAACAUACGAAAGGAGCGUUAAAAAAACCGGCUGGUUGGCACGACUGGAAGGGGGAUUGGUAGGUGAAUGGAAACCAGGAACGGCCCGUGGGCUCGCUUAGACGAGCGGAAGUUGGAAUUCGAGACGAGUGAGAGGUGAGCGGAAGCGAGGCGAGGACGGAGUGUGUUGGUGUCUGAAGUAGCUGGGUAUGGGGGGAGAAGAGAGAGAGCGGCUGGCUGGCACAGUCGAAACGGAAGAUGGAAUUUGGACACUGCGGACUUCCCGCGAACACAUCGCACCCUCAUUUUGGCUGCACCGGACCGGAAAGACGUCUCGUAUACAUUUCAUUAUCAGGGUGCGUUGUGUUGGGGGAAAGACGUUAGACUGAUUAUCGGUGAGGCAGCGUUGUGGCCUGCGCGAGGAAAAUCAUCCUGUUUUGGAAUGGAAAGUUUGGAGAUACAUUUGGAAUCAUUUUAUAGCCGAGGCGGUGGUGAUGUACGUUGUUGUGAGAAUGCGACAUGAAGACGGAAGAGAGAGGUUUCUGUGCAUAUGCGGAGAGAGGAGUAGAUUGGGUGGGAGAGGAGGAGGGGAGGGAGGGGGGGGACAGAGGGGAUGAAAAGGGGGGGGUGAGUUGCUAAGGGUCUUGAAGCAUCGAGAGGAGCGGAAGGGAACGCACUCCGCGCGCGUCCGCGGUUCCGCGAGGAACGGCUAGGCGGCGCGAAGAGAGGGAUGAUGGCGGGAAGGAGCGGAAGAAGAGGACGGAGCUAUCAAGCGGAGGUAGACUACCGUCUUCCUCCGAACACAACGCCCGCUGAUCAUGAAUGAAUACAAGCUAAUUUUCCCGUUCAAUACAGUCGGGAUGAGCGUGCUUUGUGUUAGGGAGAACGGGACGAUGGUAUCGAGGCUGUCUUCAUAGCUAAUGGGAGGGGACUAGAGUUGCUAUGAAGAUUCCGUGCAGAUGAACCGAGCAGAGGCGCAAAAACAAUGGGGAGAAGGGAGGGCCAGAGGCACUCAUGAAGCACACACGCAAUUGGGAGAAGGAGCGCAAACGGCGCAAAACAAGAGCCGAGGAAGCGGAAGUUUAAGCAUGAUGAUGGCUACAUGAAGGCUCCGCGCCCCUCAACGAGGGGACGACUGUAAACGCUCCUCUCUGCGCCGCAUGAGAGAUAUCUCACAGUGAGAGGAGAAGGAUACGAGACAUCCCAAUCCUAUGACGCGAGAGGAGAAGGAUAGGGUUGGUUCUUCCGGGCGAGCGGAGAGGAGAAGGUCAUGGUUUGUUUUUCGAGACGAGCGGCAGUUAAGCGGAAAAGCGGAACUCCACGCUCAAUGCGCGCGCGCUCAGUCAGCGGCGGAGAUACAUGCGCCAUGUCGUCGGAGAUUUGCGCGAGUAUGCGCACGCGUUGGCGCUGAAUGGCAACAGCAGCGCGGCGGAUUCCAACGGCCGAUAACCUACGGGGUGUAUAGCUGGCGCAGAAGAGAAGAAGAGGGAGGGGAGGAGCGAAUUGCAUUGCGCUGCGGGUUAGCGCCUUCUCCCGAAAGGUGUGGGCUUUUGUUCCCUUCGGACGAAGAGAGAGAGAGGGGGGGAGCUGGAGAUGAAGAUACUGCUACUGUGGAGUGUCAUGUCAUGGUGUGAUGUAGACUUGAACGUAACUCUCGAGCGAAGUUAAGAGUGGUGGGUAAGUGAGGAGGAGGGCGAAAGGAAGGGGGAGGAAAUCGCUUUUGACUCUCUACUUGUGCCAUGCCGUUAGGGUAGAUGAGGCUUGGUACGUUUGCAUGCAGUAAUAACCGUUUUUCUUUUUGAUGUCUUUUUUAUAAUAAUAACGGUUUUUAUGGACUACACGGUGAAAACUCGCUUGCAUUUAAAAAAAAAAAAAAAAAAAGUCGCGCGUAGGGUAAAGAACACAUCAUCUUAGUAUAACUCUUGUUCCAUCCGACGACGGAAAACAAUGUGGUAAUAAUAAUAGCGGCGCUGCGCUUUUUUUUUUUUUUUUUUUUUUUUUCCAAGAGGUUAUCUGUCUUCAGGCUGAUUAGCUGUCUAUUGAUUUGCUGGGUUGGAUGCUCCUGAGUACCAGCGCGCACUCUUUUGCUUGUCUCGUUUAUUUUAGUGAGCUCGCCUCGUUUCCCGCGCUCUUGUGCUCUGUUUGUCUGUUGAGUUGUGUUGCGUUUUUGCGUCGUUUAUUAAUUAAAUAUUAUGGAGACGAAUAAGACGAAAUCAGAGUUUUCGGUUUUGCAGGGAGUUUUCGGUUUUGCAGGUUUUCAAUAUCUAAUUCUUACAUCGGUAUUGCGCUGUUUGACCGA